GUGUAGAGAGAGAGAGAGAGAAAGUGAGUUUUCUGGACUUCAUUUUCUGAGUUUGUUGCUAGAGAGAGAGAGAGCAUUUAGUAGCAUGGCUGACAAUGAUGACACAACAUCAAUCCCUUCAACACCUGCAACACCAGGCACCCCAGGUGCUCCACUCUUUGGUUUACAAGCCAAUGGUGGAAGAAGCUCAAAUAACCACAAGAGAUCAAUGCUAAGUGCCUGUCACAAAUGCUUCACUGUUGAAUCAUGGGCCUUGGAAGAGGGCGCUCUCCCUUCUUGCGCAAUGCCACCUCCUCCUGUUUCCCUCUUUCGAAAGGUUGGAGCUGAGUUUGUAGGAACAUUGAUGCUCAUUUUCGCCGGGACUGCAACCGCAAUUGUGAACCAGAAAACGCAUGGGUCUGAAACGCUGAUCGGGUGUGCCGCUUCAACUGGUUUGGCAGUGAUGAUAGUCAUCCUCUCCACUGGUCAUAUAUCGGGAGCCCACCUCAACCCUGCUGUUACCAUUGCUUUUGCAGCUUUGAAGCACUUUCCAUGGACACAAGUUCCUAUGUACAUUGGGGCACAGGUGUUGGCAUCAAUAAGUGCGUCAUUUGCAUUGAAGGUCAUAUUUCACCCAUUUAUGGGGGGUGGGGUGACGGCGCCAUCGGGGAGCUAUGCCCAAGCCUUUGCCCUCGAAUUCAUUAUCUCUUUCAACCUCAUGUUUGUUGUAACCGCGGUCGCAACUGACACUAGAGCGGUGGGAGAACUUGCUGGGAUUGCUGUUGGGGCCACAGUAAUGCUCAACAUACUCAUUGCAGGGAAGAACACUGGGGGUUCUAUGAACCCUGUGAGGACGCUGGGCCCCGCCAUUGCGGCAAACAACUAUAGGGCCAUCUGGGUCUACAUUGUGGGUCCGAUUUUAGGGGCAUUAUGUGGGGCCGGGGCCUACACGGCUGUGAAGAUUCCGGAUGAUGAUGAGCAUGCAAGGCCUCAAGUUCGUAGCUUUAGAAGAUAGAAAAAUAACCCAAAAAAAAAAAAA